ACUCCAGUUUUGUAUGGCUAAGAAGUAAGAACCACUAGAAGACUUUACGUCUCCAAAAAUGCAGUGCCUUGAAUUAUAAACUUAUAUUCACUAAACCAUAUUGCAACACAACAAAUCACUCUGAAAAAAAUGGAGAUAUGGUUCAUGAUCAUAGUCUCACUCUGCAUAUCAGCUCUCAUCAAAUCAAUCCUCUCAACUAUCCAAUCUUCAAAAACCCAGAAACUCCCGCCAGGGCCAACCACAGUUCCGAUCAUCGGUAGCUUCAUAUGGCUCCGUAAAACAUUCUUCCAGCUCGAGCCUAUACUACACAGUCUGAAGCUCAAAUAUGGUCCUAUAGUCACUCUCCGGAUUGGUUCUCGUCCGGCUAUCUUUAUCGCGAGCCACGCCUCUGCUCACCGUGCACUUGUUCAAGCUGGUGCAGUCUUUGCUGAUCGACCUCAGGAACUCCCCACUGGCAAUGUUAUUAAUAGUUACCAGCACAACAUCAGCUCAGCUUCUUAUGGUCCUAACUGGCGCCUCUUUCGUCGUAGCAUGGCCGAGACUAUCAUGCAUCCUGUACGUCUUAAAACUUUCUCUGGUGGACGUAAAUGGGUGCUCGAGGUUCUCAUGCAGAGACUGUUAUCAGAGGCCAGUUUAGAUGGUAUAAAAGUUGUUGAUCACUUUCAGUAUGCUAUGUUUUGUUUGUUAGUUUACAUGUGUUUCGGGGAAAGAUUUGAGGAUGAAAAGAUUAGAGAGAUAGAAAGAGUGCAGAGAAAUUUGCUGUUGAGUUUCCUUAGGUUUAAUGUUCUUAAUUUCUGGCCUAAAGUAGGGAGAAUUAUUUUUAAAAAGAAAUGGAAGGAACUUAUUGGGAUUCGUCAGGAUCAAGAUACUGUCUUGAUCCCGAUUAUAAAAAGGAGACUGGAGAAAUUGAUGAAGCAAGAAGUUGGAGAAGAUGAUGUGGUGGCUUAUGUAGAUGGUUUGGCUGAUUUGAAGUUGCCCGAGGAAGGGAAUAGAAAGUUGAGUGAUGAAGAGCUGGUUAGUUUGUGUGGGGAGUUUCUGAAUGGAGGGACUGAUACAACUUCAACUACUUUGCAAUGGAUUAUGGCUAAUUUGGUGAAGUACCCUCAAGUUCAGGAGAAGCUUUAUCAAGAAAUCGUGUCGGUUGUAGGGGAGAAAGGGGAUUUAGCAGAGAAGGCGGUGAAGGAGGAGCAGCUGCAGCAAAUGCCAUACUUAAAAGCAGUUGUGUUGGAAACUUUGAGGCGCCAUCCGCCUGGUCACUUUGUGCUGCCUCAUUCGGUGACUCAGGAGGUGGAGUUGGAUGGUUAUGUGAUUCCGAAGAAUGCUAUGGUGAAUUUCAUGGUGGCGGAGAUGGGAAGGGAUGGCGAGGUGUGGAAAGAUCCAAUGGAGUUUAAGCCAGAGAGAUUCUUGAGUGGGAAUGAAGGAGAAGAGGGGUUUGAUAUAACAUGUAGCAGGGAGAUAAAAAUGAUGCCUUUUGGGGCAGGGAGGAGGAUAUGCCCUGGCUCUGCAUUGGCAUUGCUACAUUUGGAGUAUUUUGUGGCUAAUUUGGUUUGGAAUUUUGAAUGGAAGCCUGCUGCUGGGAAUUCUGAUGUUGAUCUUUCAGAAGAACAAGAAUUUACCGUGGGCAUGAAACAUCCAUUGCUUGUUAGCAUUUCUCCUAGAGUGAAAACAUAGAAUUGGUAAACUGUAAAAAGUAAAUUAAAGGCUUGUUUGGUUAGGCUUUCUCCUGGCUCCCAACUUUUAAGUCAAAAUCAGUAUAUUUUUAUGUUUGUACGAGGAAGUUAUAAGUAAAUUUAUGGAUUAUAAGUCAGAAUAUGAUAAAUUGAAAAUUCUAUAUUCUUUUAGUGACUUA